AUGGAGAAAAAGAAUAUGUUCGUGCUGUGUAUGAUCUUGUUAUUGGUGGGCUCGUCGUUGAUGUUUGAGAGAGUUGAUUGCAGAGUCGUACGAUCGGAGCCUUUCAGAGAUAUCAACGGCCAUGAUCAAUCAACGGCGACCAAGGUGAAGAGAAGCUCGUGCAGUCGACGUCCUUUGAUGAGGAUUCUAGCGUCUGGACCGAACAAAAGAGGACGUGGUCACUGA